CAAAAAUCGCACCGACAUACAACAAAGUAGUCUGUCAACUCCAUUUUCGCUCGUAUCUUCCUGGUCCAAUGGACUUUUAUAUUGACUUUGCAAGACGUGCCGCACACGCUCUAAAUAUGCCUUGCUCUGGUACCAUUUAUCUUCCAACAAAAACUACUAGAUGGACUGUUAUUCGUGGUCCAUUUGUUCACAAAAAAUCUCAGGAAAACUUUGAAAGAAAAACUCAUAAGAGAUUACUAGUAAUCAAGGAUACAAAUAGAACCGUGGUGGAUAGAUGGUUGUGGUACUUGACUCAGAAUUGUCCGGCUGGCGUUGGAAUGAAAGUUACGCUUUGGGAAUGGAAUGAGCUUGGUAUAGGUCAAAAGAUGUUGGAUAAAGCUAAAGAAAAUGAAGAGAGAA